AUGGACGGAAUUCUCCGCGCUUAUCCUGACCCGGCGAGUCGAGCUGUAGAGAGGGCCUUUCCACUGCAUCGAGCUGGCCUCCAUUCUCUCUCCGAUGAAUCGCUCGCUGCCCAUCUCGACUUCGCCACGGUCCUUUUCGACCUAGGUCAAAAGACCGUGGUGCGACUCUCAAAAGACCUAGGUUUGAAAGGCGGCGGUAACGUGCUUCCCUGCGAGGCAGAAGUCCUUAGAAUUGUCGCCUCAAAGCCCGGCAUCCGGGCUCCACGCGUCCAUCGCUCGUUCCAAGUCGCAGACGACACGAGAUACUUCUGCACGAUGGAAUAUACCGUGGUGGAUUACAUCAACGUACGUUCAACCUCUCGAUAG